GUCGACUACGUCAUCACCUGGGUGCCCAUUCUGUUCGGUCAUGUCGCAGAUCUGAAGGACAAGGCUGAGGAAAUGGAUAUAGCGAAGACAAUGGCUGCCUUCCACAGUAACGCCAAUGCAGGCUCAUCUAGUUCUGCGACAAGGCCGUCUCCUCCAGUAGAAAUGACAUCAUCUUCCACCAGUACGUCUUCAUCAGGGUCCUUCUCUUAUUUUGGCGAUAUUGCCGCGAAGCGUCAUCGUGCUUCGAACCAGGAGAAGAGAGCACAGCGAAAAGAGCAACAGCCUCACUAUCGAUUUCCUCGCCACAUAAAGGACACUCUCGUAGACUUGGUCUUACCUUUGCUCUCUCUCAAAGCCGC